CAUGAGUAUGUGGUGUGGCUCCAAGCUGUCCAUGGAGAGCUCAGACGGGAGGCUGAGCAGUGGCGACUAUAUCAAUAUGUCCCCCCGGGACCCCCAGCAUGGGCCCCAGGCUCCCUCCCUCACCCCCCCAGACUUCUUUUUCGCCCCUUCAGGGCACGGGGCCAGCGAGCCCCCCAAGCCUGGCUGCUAUUCGUACAGCUCCUUACCCCGCUCCUACAAGAGUCAGGGCCUGGCUAAGGACAGUGACCAGUACGUGUUCAUGAAUUCCCCGGGGAAGAUGAUCCCAGAGGAAGGGGUGUGCGGAGCGGGUCAGUCCCCUGCCGGCACCUUCGCUCCCUCCAGCCACACGGUGCCUUCGCCCCUGCGGCACAGCCGGACCGAGAGCUUCCUGAGCCAGCGGUGCCAGCGCGUGGUCCGGCCCAGCCGCCUCUCCUUGGAGACCUUGCGGACGCUGCUGCCCAGCAUGAACGAGCACCCCCUGCCGCCUGAGCCCAAGAGCCCUGGUGAAUACAUUAAUAUCGACUUUGGGGAUGCCGCCGUCUACUCUCCCCCCUUGCUGCCCGCUGACAGCCCAGCCUCCUCCCUGGGCUCGGGCACAGGGCAGAGGCGUUCCCCACUCUCCGACUACAUGAACAUUGACUUUGGUUCACAGUCACCCUCCCAGUCAGGCACGGUCUCGGUGGGCUCCCUGGAAGCGCUCUCGCCAGGCUCUUCCUCCAGCACUAGCCAGCCUGACGGGCGCUACCUGAAGGCGGCCGUGGGGGUGGCUUGUUUGUCCAGCCCGUCCGAUGGUGGGGAUUACACCGAGAUGACCUUUGGCAUGGCCACCACCCCACCCCAGCCCAUCGUUCAGAAGCCAGAAAGUGCCCGGGUUACCAGCCCCACGGCGGGGGUGAAGAGGCUCACCCUCUCCGGGGUGGAGGCGUUCAUUCUUUCCAGCCCUCCCCCCGACCCCAACCGUGGGGCCAAGGUCAUUCGUGCGGAUCCCCAGGGGCGCCGGAGGCACAGCUCUGAGACUUUCUCCUCCACCACCACUGUGACCCCCGUGUCCCCCUCCUUUGCACACAACCCCAAAAGGCACAACUCGGCCUCAGUGGAGAAUGUGUCCCUCAGGAAAAGCGAAGGCCUGGAGGAGGAGCAGGGCAGCAGCCCCAUGUGCCGGGAGACCUCAGCUGGCUUCCAGAAUGGCCUCAACUACAUUGCCAUCGACGUGGUGGACGGCAGCCUGGCGAACUGUGACAAAGCCAGGUCUAAAGCCAGGCACGUCCUGAACGGGGGCAUCAACGGAGUGGAGACAAGCGCCUAUGCCAGCAUAGACUUUCUGUCCCACAACCUGAAGGAAGCAAGUGCUGUGAAAGAGUGAAGGAGUUAGUUUUAUCACCAUGACCUCAAACAACAGAGUACAACAUUCAAAGAAGCUGCUCGGCAUUUUUCUUUUUUUUUUUUAAUGAAGCUGCUUAAGGUUUACUUUUUGUUGUCGUUAUCAUUGGUCCGGACAGUUACUUAACUUUCAAACUGUUGUGGACUAAACUGUACAACAAAUCGGCAAGGAAGGGAAAGCAACCUGCCUAACUCAUUACCUGUCAUUGGCAUCUACAGUACCGUUUUGCUGCUGGUUUGACAGAAGUUCAAGAUGUUGUUUAGCUAGUUGGAACUUUUCUGCCGGCCUCUUUAACUAAUGGCCAAUGCCUUCGUUUCCUUUUUCUGCAAAGACAAACUAUAUUUAUUCUUCGGCAUAUUGGAGAUGCUGUAACACCUGCUACAGCAGCAAAAUCUGGUAUUUACUGGCAUAAUUUCAAGCCUAUCACAGUACUACCUCAGUUCAAAGUAAAGCCGGAUUUGCGGUGUCGGUCUGCACAGGACCUCCUGUAUCUCUGUGCUGAGUAUCUCUCAAGAACAGUCAUCAGCCUUACUGAACUUCUAACGCGUACAGCUACUGGGUGGUUCUGAAUCACUAGCUGCAGUGUUUACUUAUCAGACAAAGCCUAACGCGGGCGCUAAAAAGUCUAAAAUACGAUAAAACGCCGUGCAUCGGACUUGGGCGGCGGAUUCGGAAUAGUUAAAAUGUGUAACUUAAGCAACAUAAGUUAAAAACAUCCAACUGUAUUGGGGGUAUCUCUCUUUACCUUUGACACACUUGUUUUAUCCUCUCUAUGUAGGUGUUUAUGUAGGUACUUCAGAUUGCAAAAGCCUUUUCUCCUAUUUACAAGCUCACUUUUGUCAGCUAACCCUGUUCUUAGCUGCAUUUCUUGUAACCAAAAAUCCACAUAGGCAUGCUAGGAAUGCAGGGAUGAUAAUGGGUAUUGGACAGUUUGAAGUGCUGAUGUUAACACAGUAUUAUCUUGCCAUCUAGAAAGUCCUGAUACUUGCCUUCUACCAGAAAAGCGUCAUUGCAGCUACAGGCAUUAUUACAGGGGAAGAAACAACAGUGCAGUCACUUUGUUCUUUUCAAGAUUACCCAUGUGUCACGUUUCCUGUAUUCUGAAAAUGCAACUGAUAUGGCGACUAUUGUCACAAAUGUCAUAUACAGCUGUUGCACCAGACUAGCAGAAUGUCAUGUCACCUAGUUUCUCCUUUGGUAAAUUUGUUGAAGAGUGCUUAUAUGUUUUAAGGGUACCUCUCCAGUGCCUGCUCCGAUUGUCGUGUAAGUAUUACUAGGUUAUCUGGAUUAUUUGAGGUUUUUUUUUUUUUUUUUUGAAAAUCAUUGUGCUAGGUGGAACCUGUACAUCACUCUUAACAAUGCAUUAUCUUUUGGGAUUUUUUCUGUGAGGAAGACGAUAGUCAAUGUCUUAUAAAUACAAUGAAUGGGAAUGCAGUCUUCCUGCUUACAUGCUGAAUUGUUAGAACUGAGGAUUGUAUUACAAGACAAAGAUGAAUGUAAACUAAUUCCUUCCCUACCCCAUGGCACACUUUAUUUUUCAGUGUAAUUUUCUGGGAUUUUAAAUCACAGCAGUGCAUAGGCUGUACAAUAUUAGAUCUAAAAAUCAAUUUAAAUAUCUAAUUUAUCUGUUUGGGCUUUGGGAUUUUUUUUUUUUUUAAGCACUAUAAAAGGUUCUAAAACAUUCUAAAAUGCUGCUUGUUCAGUUCUGGAACUAGAAAAACAAAUAGUUGAUGACAUUUUCUGUCAGCCCCUCUCUGCCCUCCCUUGCCACAGCCACAGUAGCACUGAAUGUGGUACCUGCUGAACACAAUAUUUUAACUUCUAUUUUGAAGUAACCCUCUGUACCAAUUGUGGAAUCAUGCCACUAAAACAAAUGGCUUACGUGCAUAUAGCAACUUCAAAACAAAAACUUGACAAUGUAGUCAAUUCUUCUCUAUCCUGUAUGUUUCACAAAAGCAUAUGCAAUACUUACAUUCUUAAUUUAGUUUACAGAAUGGAACCAAAAUGUAUAAAUGUUAUGUUUGCUAAAACUUCACAAUGUAUAUUGGGUCUUUGUACAUUUUGCCUGACUUACCUUAAAUUUAAAAUAUUUUUUGCUAUAUAACCUUAACAGUUAUUAAGCAGUGUUUUCUUUAUGGGUACGUAUUGUUUCUGGACAUCAAGAUGUUAAAUAUAUUUCUUGCUAUUGUGAUAAUGACAAGAGACUUAACUUAUCUUGCUGUGUCUUCCAAUGUACACGCUGUAUAUAAGGAUAAAUGUGAUGCUGCUGGAGACCAGAAUAAAUGGAACUAGAGUAGUGUAUUGUAUUUAGUCUGUAUUGAUUAUGGAUGCUCUCCUUAAUAGCCAUAUGCAAUAAAAUACAUUAUUUA